AUAUAUGUUUAAAAAAAAAAGUUAUCAUCAUUGAACAGUAUUCAUAAUAUUAUCCUGGGGUUUUCCAAACAGCAGCUCUCCGGUACUUUGAGACACGCGGGCUUUGUUGCAACUAGGGAUUCAUUGUGAAGACACGUAGUACUGGGCUAGCUACUCACUGCUAACCCGCUUACUACUCCAGCGCACGGUAGCGGAGUCACAAAGCAUAACAGGUCUUUUAACCAACAUUAAAAGUGAGUGAGCAGGGGGCUAUCACCAGCAACAUAACCAAAUAUAACCGAUAAAUGAUCCACAAACGACCUGGGAGUGGAAGGGGCCGUUGAAAGCAUUUGAGAAUAAAUGCAAUUAUAUUAAUUGAUCUGAUUACACCGACUUUUAACGGAUGCAACACGACAAUCGAAGAAAACCCGCGAAAUAUGGGGAGAUCGCAGAGGGCGUGAAGGACGUGGAAGCAAACGGCUCGCGGCACGGGGCAGCUUGGAGGACAAUGUUUCAGACUGUCCCGGACACCUCAUCUUACGUGAAGGAGGCCCUGUCCGUUGUGAGCGAGGACCAGUCCCUGUUCGACACCACGUACGUCGCGGCACAGCUUCCCAAGUCGGAUAUGACGGCUUCAGCCGCCGCCGACUAUGGACCAACGCACAAGAUUAACCCUUUGCCGCAACAAGAAUGGAUCAAUCAACCCGUCAGGAUCAAUAUCAAGAGAGAGUAUGACCACAUGAACGGCUCCAGGGACUCGCCCGUGGAUUGCAGCGUGGCGAAAUGCAACAAGCUGGCGAGCGGCACCGAGGGCAACAACUCUCUGAGUUACAGCAGUUACAUGGAUGAAAAGGACGGUCCUCCUCCGCCCAACAUGACCACCAACGAGAGGAGAGUCAUCGUCCCGGCAGAUCCCACCCUCUGGAGCCAGGAGCAUGUGCGGCAGUGGCUGGAGUGGGCUAUUAAGGAGUACGGGCUGCUGGAGGUGGACACUGGCCUCUUCCACAAUAUCGACGGCAAGGAACUCUGUAAAAUGGACAAGGAGGACUUCCUCCGCCUGACCUCCCUGUACAACGCCGAGGUCCUCCUCUCUCAUCUCAAUUACCUCAGGGAAAGUAGUUCUCCGCUCAGCUAUUCCACAUCAUCUCAUUCUGACCAGUCACCCCGUCUCCCAGCCAAAGAAGAUCCAUUGUACGACACUGUCCGGAGAUCCGGAUGGGGCAAUAAUAUAAACAACGUGACAAAAACUUCACCUGGAGCAACCCAGAGUGUGAAUAAAAGUGCAGAGCAACCACGCCCCCAACCAGAUCCUUAUCAAAUUCUAGGACCAACCAGCAGCCGGUUAGCCAAUCCAGGAAGUGGGCAGAUACAGCUUUGGCAGUUCCUGCUGGAGUUGCUGUCUGACAGUUCGAAUGCCAGUUGUAUCACCUGGGAAGGAACCAAUGGUGAAUUUAAGAUGACGGACCCGGACGAAGUGGCCCGACGAUGGGGAGAGAGGAAAAGUAAACCCAACAUGAACUACGACAAGUUGAGCAGAGCACUGCGUUACUACUACGACAAAAACAUUAUGACCAAAGUUCACGGCAAACGCUACGCCUAUAAGUUUGACUUUCAUGGCAUUGCACAGGCUCUCCAACCCCACCCGACUGAGUCCUCCAUGUACAAGUAUCCCUCAGACCUGACUUACGUGCCCUCCUACCAUGCACACCAGCAGAAGAUGAACUUUGUGUCUCCUCAUCCCUCCUCUAUGCCAGUCACCUCCUCCAGCUUCUUUGGAGCAACCUCACCCUACUGGAGUUCUCCCACAGCGGGCAUUUAUCCCAAUCCCAAUGUGCCCCGUCAUCCCAACACACACGUUCCCUCCCAUCUGGGCAACUAUUACUAACGACGACUCUUGUUCUUUCUGCUUGCCAACCUAUGUAGAUCCAUGCCCAAUGUUUGAACCCUGGGCACUCAGGAACUUUUUCUUGGCUGUGGAACUUGAAUGAAUGCUAGGCCUGCUACUAAAUUGGAUUUGUAUCUACUCCUGCAUCACCAGCCAGCAAUGGGCUUUUUGCCAUCUCAAAAAAAAUAAUCACCAGUUGUUAAUUUGCUGCCUGGAUGUCAACAUCGAUAACAUUUUUAAACCUUUACACAUUUGUGAGUAUAAAAUCCACCCUGGCCAAUAAAUAUAUCACCCUCCAAGAUGCUUUCUACAUUUGCACCAAUUAAGGGCUUUGAACGAAUUGUUGACCUUGGCGAUCAAAGAUGUUGUUUCUUCAAUCAACUAGCAAAUCUGGAUUAUUAACCAGACCUACAAUGUAACUGCAGUCUUCAAUAACUAUGGAUCUGCCAACCUAUUCCUAGUUGGAUGUUCAGAUGCACAUCGUUGCCAGAUACAGGGCUGUCGGACCUGGAUAUUCCACAGCGCUCUAUUUCGCCGAUGAAGCUUUGUUCUAGUGAGGACCUCUUUUGAAAGGAGACACACCCUCAGUGGAAUGAACUGUAAGUGUUGCAUGUGUGGGCGUCUCAGACACGCAGGACAAUGCUGAGACGUGAGGAAAAUUGCUACAAUGAGCUGUGUCUUGUCCUUGGGAAUCCAAGAGCUAAUUAGAUUACGCAGGAUACACGAACGCUGUGCGUUUGUAAGAGUUCAGUGUUGGAUCAACCAUGCAUCCUCGUAUAAAGCAAGUUACUGUAUAAGUUAUGCAGAUGAUAAUGAUUCCUUUAUUUUACAGUAUUACACGAGUUGACCUCGGGUCACGGAUGCAGUUUUGCUAUCAAGUUCAUUUUGACGAAAUAUAGUCAUUGUGUAGCCUGUAGAUCUUAUCUGUACAUAUGGGCUCUGCCUUUUUACUGAGUAAAGGGACACAUAGGAGAGAAAUUGUUGAGAAGACUUUAUUCUUACAAAGUGUUGCUAAUGACAGAAGCACUGAUAUAGCUAUUUUCUAUAACUUGUAAAUAGCUGGAAGCAAUGUAUUCCUUAAUCCUUAGUGCUUUUGAACUCUUUAUGUAGCAUUUUAAAUAAUCACUGACACUAUUUUCCCAUUAAAAUGGGGCACCACCUACUAUAUAUGCAAUUAGUUUUUAAUGAUAAUUAUGUACCUUUGCAAAUAAUCCCUUGCAGCAUAUUGUAUUAAACCAAAACACGUAUACAAGGGCCACUUCUGAUUUAAGACUUACUGCCAUGAACUAUUGCGAGGGCUUAGACAGAUGGUUGUUACGACACACAUGUAUCUUUAUGUGAAGAGAACUGUGUACUGUUGAUGCAACAGCAUGUAUGAAGGUUUCUAACACUAUGCAAACAUGUUCAAUAAACAAUGGCAUCAGGAAGUGCCUUACAAGGC